UUUUUCUUUUAAAUCAGACCAUUUACAAUAUUUACAUAAAUAUAAUUUCUCUUCAUAUUUUUCCAAAUAUUUUACUCUCAAUUAAAAAAUUAAAUUUUGCUGUUUUCUUUUCAAAUUCAGCAAAAAUGUCUUCAGUUUUAGAGCAAUUAAAACAAAUUUCAAUUAUUGUUGCUGAUACAGGAGAUUUUCAUUCAAUAGAAAUAUUUAAACCAACCGAUUCAACAACAAAUCCUUCCCUAAUUUUGGCAGCAACAAAAGACGAAAAAUACAAACAUUUAAUUGAUCUAGCAAUUAAAUAUGCAAAAGAAAAAUCUGUUGGAAAUGCUUCUAAAGAAAUUAUUUUGUCUUUGGCGAUGGAUAAAUUGUUUGUUCUUUUUGGAAAAGAAAUUUUGAAAAUUGUCCCUGGAAGGUUUUUUAGACUUUCUUUUAAUGUAAAUGCUUCAAUUGAAAAAGCUUUAAAUUUUAUUCGUUUAUAUGAGGAAGAAGGAAUUUCCAAAGAAAGAAUUCUUAUUAAACUUGCUUCGACUUGGGAAGGAAUUCAGGCGGCGAAAAUUUUGGAGUCUCAACACGGCAUUCAUUGCAAUAUGACUCUUUUAUUUAAUUUUUAUCAAGCUGUGGCUUGUGCUCAGGCAAAGGUUACUCUUGUUUCUCCUUUUGUUGGCCGUAUUUUGGAUUGGUAUUUAAAAAAUACAACAGAACACAAUUUUACUAGACAAACAGAUCCGGGGGUUUUAAGUGUGACAAAAAUAUAUAAUUAUUAUAAAUAUUUUGGACAUGAAACACAAGUAAUGGCUGCUUCUUUUCGAAAUACUGAACAAAUUAAAGGAUUGGCUGGUUGUGAUCUUUUGACUAUUAGUCCAACAUUACUAAAACAAUUAAAUGAAGAUAAUGAACAAAUUUCCAAAAUCUUAUCAAAAGAAAUUGCCCAAGCAAAAAAUGUCCAAUUAAUUGAAAAUAUCGACGAAAAUAAAUUUCGUUGGGAACUUAAUGAAGAUUCUAUGGCUUCUGAUCGUUUAUCUGAUGGAAUUAGACGUUUUGCUGCUGAUACUAUUUUAUUAGAAAAAUUAAUUGAAAAUAAAAUUUAA